UAUAAAUAUCAUCACUACUAGGCGUCAUAAAGUAACAGAGACAAGAAGUAACAGAAAGGAUAGAGCGAUGGGUAGAGUGACGGAAGUUAAAGGCAGACCUCAAGCUGACGGUGAAUGGUCCACCGGUUUCUGCGGUUGCUGCUCGGAUUGCUCCAGCUGUUGUUUGACAUGUUGGUGUCCUUGCGUUACCGUUGGCCGAAUCGCAAAUAUUGUAGACCAAGGUUCCUCUUCAUGCUGUGCGACUGGUGCGUUGUACAUGCUAUCGUGGUCCACGGUCUUUGGAAGUGCGUGCAUCUCGUGCAAAUACCGAGCUAGAAUGAGAAGACAAUACAACCUUAAGGGUGGCGACUGUGGAGAUUAUCUCAAACAUUUCUGCUGUGAGCUUUGUGCAUUAACCCAAGCCUAUCGCGAGCUCACCAAGCGCGGUUUUGAUGUACCCCUCGGGUGGGACGGAAACGUUGCACGUCACAAUGCCGGCGUUGCAAUGGGUGCCCCGGUUGUGGAGGGCGGCAUGAGGAGAUGAAUUAUAUAUUAUAUUUGCAGAACUUUUAUAUUUUGUUUUCCUCUCUGAAUUUUCUUUCAUGAUAUUGCUGUCUUCAAAAUAAAUGUGGUUAUUCGGUUUGUGUUCUUUUUUCUUCCCUUCGCUCUUGUGUUUGAUACGGAUUUUAUGAAAGUUCAUAUAGUACGUGUGAUGUGUGUGCGCUACUGUGGAUAUGUAAAACUUUUAUUUAAUGAUUCCUCAUGCAUUUUUGUGA